AUGUUUCUCUACUUGAGUUGGCUGGCCACGGUGGCGCUGGUCGGCUCCGCGGCUGCGCAGUACUUUCCGCCCACACCCGAGGGAUUGAGGGUAGUGGAGUCGAAGCACCAGAAAGGCCCGGGUAUCUGUGAAACGACCCCAGGAGUCAAGUCUUACUCCGGGUAUGUGCACCUGCCUCCGGGGACACUGGAUAACGUGCAUGUCGAGCAAGCCUACCCAAUCAAUACUUUCUUCUGGUUCUUUGAGGCACGUAACGACUCCAAGAAUGCGCCUCUGUCCAUCUGGAUGAAUGGAGGCCCCGGCAGCUCGUCCAUGAUCGGACUUAUGCAGGAGAAUGGCCCGUGCCGUGUGAACCAAGACUCCAAUUCCACGGAGCUGAACCCUUGGUCGUGGAAUAACCACGUCAACAUGCUGUAUAUCGACCAGCCGAAUCAGGUCGGUUUCAGCUACGACGUCGCGACGAAUGGCACUUAUGACCAGGUUAGUGCAUCGUGGAACAUGUCUCAGUUUGCGCACGGAGUGCCCAAACAGAAUAAUACAUUCUACGUCGGCACGACCGCCAGCGGGAAGCAGAGAGCGUCCGCCAACAGCACCGAGAACUCCGCGCGCUCCCUGUGGCAAUUUGCACAGACCUGGUUCUCCGAAUUUCCCGCAUAUAAGCCGCUCGACGACCGCGUCAGUAUCUGGACCGAAUCGUAUGGUGGUCGCUACGGCCCAUCGUUUACGGCCUUCUUCCAACAGCAGAAUGAGAAGAUUUCCAACGGCAGUAUCACCGCUCCCGGCCAAACGCACUACAUCCAUCUUGACACACUGGGCAUCAUCAACGGCUGUGUGGAUCUCCUCGUGCAGGGGCCGUCUUACCCCCAUAUGGCAUUCAACAACACCUACGGCAUCAAUGCCAUCAACGAGACUGUCUACAAGAAAGCCAUGCACGCCUGGAACCGGCCUGGCGGAUGCCGCGACAAGAUCGACCUUUGCCGGGCUUUCGCAGCGGAGGGCGACCCGCAGAUGUAUGGCAACAACCCCGCCGUGAACCAGGCCUGUCAGGUGGCCGAUCGCCUCUGCAGUAAUGCAGUUGAGGGUGCCUAUUUCUCGUACUCCGGGAGAGGCUACUAUGAUAUUUCGCACGUGGAACUAGAUCGAUACCCGCCAAACUACUUCCUGGGGUUCCUGAACCAGCACUGGGUGCAGCAGGCAUUAGGUGUGCCUAUCAACUAUACCGAAACCUCGAAUGCCGUCUACAACGCCUUCUCUUCAACGGGCGACUACCCACGCUCAGACGUGCGGGGAUACCUCGACGAUCUGGCGUAUGUGCUGGAUUCGGGGAUCAAGGUUGCUCUGGUAUAUGGCGACCGGGACUACGCCUGCAAUUGGAUCGGCGGCGAGGAGGUGAGUCUAGGCGUCAACUAUGCCGACGCAGCUGCCUUCCGCGCAGCAGGAUAUACACCGCUGCACACCAAUUCGUCGCAUGUCGGCGGGCAGGUGCGCCAGCACGGGAACUUUUCAUUUACUCGUGUAUACGAAGCCGGCCAUGAGGUGCCUGCGUACCAGCCCGAGACGGCAUAUGAGAUCUUCCACCGCACUCUGUUCAAUCGGGAUUUAGCAACGGGUAAGAUGGACAUUGCUGCCAAUGGCUCCUACUCGACUCGUGGACCAGAUUCGACCUGGCACAUUAAAAAUCAGGUCCCCGAGAGCCCAGGCCCGGUGUGCUAUAUUCUUGCUCUGGAAUCAACGUGCACUGCAGAGCAAAUUGCCCGUGUGGUCAAUGGCACUGCGACAAUUCGGGAUUAUAUUGUUGUGGAGAAGGAAGGGUGA